AUGAUGAUUGAAGAUGUCAACUCAACUGAAGACUUUGCACAAGUCCAGAACAAAGAAGAGAUGCAGAUUCAACUGAAGAAAACUGCAUCAGAAGUAGUUGAGGGAUCGCUUCAUAUGACUUACUUGGGAGUUCCUCUGUUUAUAGGUCGGUCGCGUGCUUCUCAUUUUAUGAGUAUCAAGGAUAGGAUUGUGCAGAAGUUCUCUAGAUGGAAAGGAAGGCAGUUGUCUAUGGCUGGGCGCUUGUGUCUGGUUCAAUCUGUUAUCCAGAGCUCUAUUGACCACUCUAUGAUGAUUUUUCGUUGGCCUAAAUCGUUACUCCAUUACUUGGACAAGAACACUGUAGGAAUUUUGUGUGGUCCGCGGCUGAUAAAAGGCGAGGAUUUUAUUUUCAAGAUUCUUCGUUCUCGUUAUCUGGAUGAGUUUUGUAUGGCUAAGACCUCGGUGGCGUGGUCGUCGGUGUGGCUGGGUUUGAAACCCGAGAUUGGGGAGUUAGUUGAUAAUUCUCAUUCGUUGGUGGGACAUGGACAUCACACUCGUUUCUGGACCGACGAUUGGCUGGGCUACAAAAUUUGUGACAAAUUGGCGAUUCCUUCUUUUAUGCAUGAGUUUUUGGGACAGUCGGUGGCAGACUAUUUUUUUCAUGGGAUUUGGCAUUUUUCGGCAAACUUCGUUGAGAAUUAUCCUGAAGUGGUUGUGGACAUUAUCACUUUCCCUUUUGAUGGUGAUAAAGAUGUGCGUGUUUGGAAGUCGUCCCCUUAUGGGGACGUAACUGCUGUGCUCGCUUUUGCUCAUACCGGACAUCGUUUCCCCAAGCUGAUCCGGAAUGGUCUUAUUGCACCUAACUGCUGUUAUUUGUACAUGUCGGUUGCUGAAAGCGUUGAUCACAUCUUCUGGGGUUGUCCUCGGGUGAUUUCGAUUUGGCUUGAGAUUCUCACCUGGUUUUAUGUGCCGCAUCUUAGGGCAAAUUUCGGAAGUUGGGGAUUAUUACUGCUCUUUGGUGUACUUGGUCUUGGCGUAACAAGGUUGCUUUUUUAUGGAGCUACUUUUGGUCAUCUUCGGGUGCUUGCUUUUGUGAGGGUGUCUUUCAUGGAAGUGAAUGAGGCGUUUCCUCGGCUUGGGCAUACGUUUAAUACUUGGUUGGAUUAUUUGAUUACUCGUGCGAUAGGGGUUUCGGUGCGUGCCGCUCCGCCUUCGAAUUUCAUUAGUGUACAUUCGCGGCUGCUGGUUGAGGACUGGAUAAAAGUAAAUACUGACGGGGCAGCGUCGGGUUCUCCUGGUGAGAUUGCUGCGGGAGGAGUUUAUAGAGACAAGUUUUGCGUGGUGCAAGGUUGCUUUCACUUGAAAGGAGGAAGGGGUUAUGUUUUCGAAGCUGAGUUGCUUGCGGUGAUAACGGCAAUUGCCAUUGCUCACACUCGAGGAUGGAAUAAACUUUGGUUGGAGGCGGAUUCGCGAUAUGUGGUUAAGCUGCUUAAGGAACACUUUUUCGAUGUUCUGUGGCAUUUCUAUGCGGCAUGGAAGGCUACCCUUAAUCGUCUUAAAGAUAUCAUGUUUCGGGUCUCUCAUAUUUUUCAUGAGGGGAAUGUGUUUGCGGAUGCCAUAUCUAACUUAUCGCGCAUGGAGGGUUGGUGGUCGUAUGGUAUUGAUGAGAUUAAAAAGCUUGCGAUUGCAGAUAUUGCGACUCAUAGUUUUUCUCGCAAAGUUCGUUGA